UAGAGACCACACCCUGUGUCUCCUGUCCCUCCAGACAGUCUCUGUAGCUCUGCCCAUGAGCACAGUUGCAGCCUCCAGGAGGAGAUGCCAUGACCUUCACCUUCACAGCCCUGCUCUGUCUGGGACUGACUCUGGGCCUGGGGACCCCAGUGCUGGCAGGGACCUCCCUAAGCCUAUCCUCACAGUGCAGCCAGACUCCGUGGUCUACAAGCAGACUACAGUGAACUUCGUGUGUGAGGGGACCACAGAAGCCAAAGCAUACAGACUCUACAAAGAGGAAAUCCAAACACUAAAGCCCAUAGAGUUUCUACAAAAUCCUAAGAACAAGGCAGAAUUCUCAAUCUCAAAAAUAGACCAAAAACAUGCAGGACGAUAUCGCUGUCAAUAUCAAAUCAAUGAUGGACGGUGGUCAGAGUACAGUGACUCCCUGGAUCUGGUGGUGACAGGAUUAUACAGUAAACCCAGCCUGUCAGCCCAGCCCAGCCCUGUGGUGACUGAAGGAGGACAUGUAACCCUCCAGUGUGUCUCUGGGCAGGGAUAUCACAGUUUUGUUAUGAUUAAGGAAGGACCUCAGAAGCUCUCCUGGACACGGGACUCAGAGUAUAACUACUAUACUAGACAGUUCCAGGCCCUGUUCUUUGUGGGCCCUGUGACCUCCAGCCAAAGGUGGACAUUCAGAUGCUACAGCUUUAACAGGAACAGACCAUAGGUGUGGUCAGAACCUAGUGACCCCCUGGAGCUCCUGGUCUCAGGUCUGUCCAAGAAGCCGUCCUUGCUGACUCACCAAGGCCAGAUCCUGGACCCUGGGAAGAGCCUCACCCUGCAGUGUUGCUCUGACAUCAACUAUGACAGAUUUGCUUUGUACAAGUUGGGAGGAGCUGACUUCACCCAGCAUGAUGUCCAGUGGACCCAGGCUGGCCUCUCCUUGGCCAACUUCACACUGGGCCCUGUGAGCAGCUCUACUACAGGCCAAUACAGAUGCUAUGGUGCACACAACCUCUCCUCUGCGUGGUCAGCCUCCAGUGACCCCCUGGACAUCCUGAUCACAGGUCAGCUUCCCUUCAGUCCUUCCCUCUCAGUGAAGCCUAACUCCACAGUACACUCUGCGGACAACGUGACCCUGCUGUGUCAGUCACCAUACAAGAUGGAUACUUUCAUUCUGUCCAAGGAGGGAGCAGCUCACCAACCCCAGCGACUAAAAGCAAAGUUCCAUGUCUGGGAUUUCCAGGCAGAAUUCUCCAUGAGUGCUGUGACCUCUGACCUCUCAGGCAUCUACAGGUGCUAUGGAUCUCAGGACUCAUCUCCCUACCUCUUGUCACAUGGCAGUGGCCCCGUGGAGCUCACGGUCUCAGGAUCCAUUAGAGCCCACAGCCCACCACCCUCAAGACCUAUGCCAACAGCUGCCUCAGAGAACCAGGAUCACACAGUGGAGAAUCUCAUCAGGAUGGGGAUGGCUGUCAUGAUCCUCAUAGUCCUUGGGAUUCUGGUCUUUGAGGGUUGGGGCAGCCAGAGACAGAUCCACCAUGCAGCUGAGAGGUAAUCAGAAGAGAAAGAAGUAAAUCUUUCAAGGUUCCAGAGUCUGGGAAAUAAAUGGGAUGAUCCAAGAUUUCUGUAAGGAAAUCCAUUUCUUAUGCCGAGGAACCAUUGUCAGAGAACGUCCAGGGAGCAAAUGUUCACUGGGUGC